AUGCAAUUCUUCACCGCCGUCGUUGCCGCCCUCGGCCUUGCCGGGACCGCCCUGGCCGCCCCUUCCCUGGUGGCGCGCGAUGCCUCGCCCGUGGUCGACGACGCCGUCCCGGCGCCCGCCCCGACCGUCCUCCUCAGCCAGCUGCUCGACGGCACCGCCACGGGCGUCAGCGUCAGCAACGACACCUCGGUGAGCCUGCUCGCCAACUCGUGGCACCUGACCACCUACUUCGCCACCUCGUGCCGAGGCAACGCUCUCGGCUGGACCACGGGCGACGGCAACUGGUGCAUCCUCAACGACGGCACCGACUGGCACUCGCUCCGCGUCGACAACUUUGGCGGCUGCUCCACCAAGUACUUCUCUGGCCGCGGCUGCGGCGGCGGCGUCCAAGUCACCAACAGCGGCUGCUGGGGUUUCUCCCAGGCUGAGCCCAUCCGCGCCUUCCAGGUAACCUGCCCUGGCCGCAAGUAA